GACAGCUGCAGAAACCUCACGUCGCAAGAUCAACAACAAACAGUGUGGUCUUUCUCUGCGUUUUACGUCCGUGUGCAUUCACUUUUUGUGUGUUUGGUUUCGUGCAUAUAUUGAAAGUAUAGAUCCAUCCCACAACGAGAAUCUUCUACGCACGGUUCAGUGAACAGCAGCGCGCACACGAAACGCUCCCUUUCGCUCUGUACGACCUGCCCCGUCCCGUCCACCGAGCACGGCAGCAACAGUGGCGCUGACGGUGGUAGCUGCGGUGCAGCCGAUAGCGACGGUGCUGACGGCCGAGGAACAGCAGGAACAAGCUCGCGCUCCAACGGCAGGUCGCCUGCGACAACGCAACAUGUCAAUCACCGAGUUUCUGAAGGAUCUACCGUGCCACAAUGAGGAAAACUUUUCCCUGUUCAACACGGAAAACGGCGUGAAGACAUCCUCGAAAAGGCCCUCCGUGUACAUCCCGACGGUGGAUAUACCUUCGGAGCAGGUGAUAGUUACCGACAAGAAGAAUAUUCUGCUCCGCUACCUACAUCAGCAAUGGGACAAAAAGAAUCCACCCAAAAAGCGUGAGCUCGAGAAUGCUUCUAACGAUCUGCUACGGAAAAGACCCCGCCUUGAGACGCGCGACAAUAACAACACGUAGAUGGGGCGGUGCGCUGAUUUGCGCCAGGAGCGAACACACGUUACAUUAGCGUACUGGAAAUUUACCAAUUAAGCAUGGGUGUCAGGUCAGGUCAGAAACGGAACAGCAGAAGAGGGGAGAUGUGGGGUUGUCUCAUACGUUUGUUGGGAAAAUAUGUGUGGGGUGAUCAGCCAGGAAAUCAAAGGUCCCGUAGUAAGAUAGCUUCAAGAAUGUCUCACUCACAAGCAGGAAAACUGGAUGGAGUAUUUCCAUAUGGAGUUUCCGUUGUGUGUCCGUAGGAAAGCAUGAAGCAGCACCACGCUCGCUGCAGGUUCGAUUAUUUAAUAUCAAAAGAUCAAAACAACAGUGCUCCAAAUUCAUCAAGAAAUCCAAAAAAUGAAGCAUUUACGGUAGUAACGCCGUUAAUUGUAGAACCAAAUCUACAGCCAAUUAUUUUCACAUAUAUAUUUUAUAGGACCUUGAUGCAGGCUCGCGUAACAUUUCAACGUUUGUCCCAUUUUCUUUGUGUGAGUUUAAAUUUCGGCAAAUUUAAGCUAGGUUUCUCAGCUUCGCAGAACGAGGCAAAGCGUCUGUCACCUUGUAUUACAAGUGUUUCAUAAUUAUGUAGGAAAGUGAACGAUAAUAUUAUAACACUCCAGGCUAACCCACCCUCAUACCACCUCCCUGUGAAGUGAUGCGUUCCCCUUUUGUUCGUAGCGAUGUAACUGUCACUCUGAACCCUACAGCUAAUAACCACCCAUUUUGUGCGAUUACACAAACAUUUUCUCCCCUCUCGGGUAUCUAUAUCUUAGCGUAGAAGAAGGAACAAAAAAUGUAGCCGUAGCAGAGUCCCCCCCUAAAAUGCCCGGAAUGGAUUUUUUUGUCCUGUUUAUGUAAAGCUAAGUUUGAGCAGAAAAAGUUGCUAAUAUCCACCGGCUGCCAAGCGCAAUGCUGCAAAUGCUGCAAUUGCAAACGGUUUAUUUAGAAAACAAAAACCCCUUUUCAAAACCACCACAACACAAAUGUUUCAUCGAGAGAUCGUAGAGUAGAGCGGGCUGAAAAAGUGUGGAAUGAUGAACACCUCCAAAAGUGGGCGUAUGUAUCACAAGCAGCUCUUCUUGAAGCUAACUCAUAAAUAAGAAAACCUCGAAGCAUCGAUACCCUAUACUGAAACUGAAAAA